AUGGCUUCGCUAUCAACAAGCCUGUAUAUGGGAGCAUGGAUUAUUUCUUCGAAUUCGACAAUCUUAUUUAAUAAAUGGUUAAUUGAUACAGCUGGCUUUACUAUUUUAUUGGUAUCAAUACAUCUUAUUUUCGCCUCGAUUGUUACACAGAUUAUGGCUCGCACGACAACGAAGCUCGAUGACCGCCACAGUCUCCCCAAAACGUGGACCUUCUUCCUUACAACAAUUCUACCAAUUGGGAUUGUUUCAUCGGGCUCCUUAGUUUGUUCCAACUUGGUCUACCUCCACCUCUCGGUUGCUCUUAUUCAGAUGCUCAAGGCGGCCUCCCCCUUCACUGUGCUCAUUGUCCAAUGUAUGUUUGGCCUCGCCAACCCAACACCGGCCCAAAUUAUCAACAUCCUCAUUAUCGUUUUUGGUGUUGCAAUCGCCAGCGCUGGCACCUUAGAAUUCUCCUUUAUAGGAUUCUUCUUUCAACUUGGCGGACUUGGAUUUGAGGCUGUGAGAGUGGUCUUGAUUGAGCUCCUGCUCAGCCGCCAAGGACUGAAAAUGGAUGCUAUGACGGGUCUUUACUACUCCGCGCCCGUUGUUGCAGUAUUGAACCUAUUUUCCGCGGCCAUAAUUGAGCUGCCUCAUUUUAACAUGGCUGAUUUACAUCGCGUUGGAUUCUUUUUGUUGUUGCUAAAUGCUGCUGUUGCUUUUACUCUCAGCUUUACCAGUAUGGUCUUGAUUGGCAAAACAUCAAGCCUCGUUAUGUCUCUAUCAGGGAUCUUCAAGAGCCUUCUUUUAAUUGGCUGUUCUGUUGUUAUUUGGCAUACAAUACUUACGCCAGUUCAGUUAUUAGGUUAUGCUAUCACUCUACUUGCACUUAUUUACUAUUCAUUGGGUCGGGAGAAGCUUUUGGCAGGAUACCACGCUGUUAAUGAUUGGGCUUUUCAAGAUUGGUCGCUAUCUCUUAAGGGCAAAUUUGGUACUGGUACAGGUAUCUCACCACGGGGUGAAAUGGUCUUAUGGAUUGGCUAUGCCGUAUUUUGUAUUUGUGUGGUUACUUUUGCUUUACAUAUAGGGCAUUAA